AUGCUAGGAAGCUCAAAAGAGAAAUGGGUGGGAGAGUGCAGAAGGGAGCUUGCGGAGGAUGCGGAUGAAGCGAAAAUAAAAGAAGAAGGAAUGUUGGAGCAGAGAGAUAGAAUAAGGAAAGAGAAAGCUAGUGGAGGGGAUGAUAUCCUGAGGGAGGCGUGGAAUGGACGUGAAGGGAGAACAAGAGAUCGGAAAGGUGACCUGGAGUAUGUAAGCAAUUACGGAGGAAUAACCUUGCUCAAUGCGACGUACAAGAUAUACCCUGGGAUUCUGAAUAUCUUAAAAAAUGUUAUUGAAGAAAGGAAACUACUACCGGACACACAGGCGGGCUUUAUCAAAGGUAGGGUCACUGCGGAUAACGCGGCGUUUGACAGGGUCAACAGGGUGUUGCUGUGGAUCACUCUAUGUGAAAGAGAAAUACGGAAAGGAAUGUCAAAACGGAUCAAGGAAGUGUAUGAAGGGGCCAGUAACGUGGUUAGUGUUGGGGAAACGAUAACGGAGGCAUUCUGGAUAAGGGAAGGUUUGCGGCAAGGAUAUGUCCUGAGUCCAACCCUGUUUACGUUGCUUAUCGCGGACAUGGCGGACGAGCUAGCAGGGGAACAUUGCGCUGAGCCAGAGAAAGAUUUGCAGCAACUAAUGAAGAGAUUGGAAAAGUAUUUAGAGAAGGAGAAGUUAACUAUUGACGCAGAGAAAUCAAAAGUAUUGGUGUCCCGGAAAGGAGGAGGCAAAGCGAAAAAGAGUGGACUGGAUAUGGAAGGACAAUAA